GACACUAGCAGGAGAUACGAAAACAAAGCUGGAAGUUUCAUUACUGGAAUAGAUGUAACUUCCAAGGAAGCAAUUGAGAAGAAGGAACAAAGAGCAAAGCGCUUUCAUUUUCGAGCUGAAGUGAAUCUUGCCCAAAGGAACGUGGCACUGGAUCGGGACAUGAUGAAGAAAGCAAUUCCUAAAGUGAGACUGGACACAAUUUACAUUUGUGGGGUGGAUGAGAUGAGUACACAAGACAUCUUUGCCUAUUUCAAAGAGUAUCCUCCUGCUCAUAUUGAGUGGUUGGAUGAUACAUCAUGUAAUGUGGUCUGGCUUGAUGAAGUAACAGCAACACGGGCUCUAAUAAAUAUGAGUUCCUUGCCUGAUCAGGAGAAGACAAAAAGCAGAGAAAAUAAUGAAGAGAAGACAGCUGAAAAAACCAAGAAAG